AACAAAGAAACUCUCUGCUCUUCUCUGUCUCUUCUUCACCAUGAACCAAGCUAUCUCCCAAUCCGAUUCCGAUUCCGACCACAUGGCGACUUUCUGCAACGAAUCAUCCGGAAACUUCACUAGCAACACAACUUACAACAAGAAUCUCAACACUCUUCUCUCCACUCUUAGCAACCAAUCAUCCCUCGCUAACUACUACAAUCUCACGACCGGUCUAGCUUCAGACACAGUCCAUGGAAUGUUCUUAUGCAUAGGAGAUGUCAACAGAACAACAUGCAACGCCUGCGUCAAGAACGCAACAAUUGAGAUUGCUAAAAACUGUACUAACCAUCGUGAAGCAAUCAUUUACUACUUCUCUUGUAUGGUUCGAUACUCAGAUAAGUUCUUCCUCUCCACCUUAGAGACAAAGCCUAAUACCUUUUGGUCGUCUGAUGAUCCAAUACCCAAAUCAUAUGAUAAAUUUGGACAGAGACUGUCUGACACAAUGGGAGAAGUUAUCGUUAGAUCAUCUUUGUUAUCUUCUUCGUUUACGCCAUAUUAUCUUAGGGAUACGACUAUGUUCGAUAACUUGUAUGAUCUUGAGUCUAUUGUUCAGUGUAGUCCUCAUUUGGAUCCAAGAAACUGCACCAAAUGCCUGAAACUUGCGUUGCAAGAACUCACUGAGUGCUGUGGUGAUCAGGUUUGGGCUUUCAUCUUCACUCCCAAAUGUUUAGUGAGUUUUGAAACCUCAACUUCGUCAUUGCCACCGCUUCCACCGCCAAGUCGCAGCGGUUCCUUCUCCAUUAGAGGAAAUAACAAAUUACUUGGGGGAAUGGUUCUUGCUGUGGCCGCUUCUGUGUUUGCACUUUUAAGUUUAUGAUCAGGUUUACAUGUAUUAAGAAAAACGUUGGGUUUGAGUUUCGAUUUGGAAUUGUGCUCAGUGCAAAACAAAUAUCAUUGUUUCCGUUAAUUAUGCUUCAUGCGUAUGUUUUAUUGUCCUUUUCUAUUGUGGUUAUACAUUCAAUUGUUGUAAGGAUUGUCCCAUUUUUAUAAUGAUUUUGUGUUUUCAAUUCAUCUGAUUCAUAUGCAUGGGGAAAAACAUUGUAAAGUUUUAUCAAAUGGAUAACAGCUUAGUAUGAAGAUAUAUCCUCAAUUUAAGAUCGAAUACAGGGAAUUGUUAAUG